AUGAGUGCCACUGUGAGCAUGUUGAGGUCUGCUCCCAGAACAGCCGUCCGAUCGUACUCGUCAUCAUCUCAGCCGCAGCGCAAAGUCACCAUUUUGGGAGCCGCCGGAGGCAUAGGCCAGCCACUGUCGCUCCUCAUGAAGCUCAAUCCUCUCGUCUCCUCCCUCUCCCUGUACGACAUAGCCGGCACUCUCGGCGUCGCUGCCGACGUCAGCCACGUCAACACCCUCGCUCAGGUCUCGGGGUUCGCCGGUGAAGAGCAGCUCGGGAAAGCGCUUGAGGGAUCCGACCUCGUCAUCAUCCCGGCCGGCGUUCCCAGAAAGCCCGGAAUGACGCGCGAUGAUCUAUUCAACAUCAAUGCCGGUAUCGUCAAGUCUUUGAGCGCUGCCAUUGCCAAGUUCUGUCCCAAUGCGUUGGUUAAUAUGAUUAGCAAUCCGGUGAAUUCAACGGUCCCGAUUGCGGCGGAGGUGUUCAAGAAGGCAGGGAUGUUCGAUGAGAAGAAGCUGUUUGGGGUGACAACGCUUGAUGUCGUCAGGGCUAAAACUUUCUAUGCGGGCAAAGCUAACGUUGAGGCCUCUGAAGUUGAUGUUCCUGUAGUUGGUGGUCAUGCUGGAAUAACCAUCCUUCCUCUGUUUUCUCAAGUGACCCUAAAGUCGAAGACUUGGUCGGAUGAAGAGAUCAAAGCUCUUACCAAGAGAACACAAGAUGGAGGGACAGAGGUUGUUGAAGCAAAGGCUGGAAAAGGAUCUGCUACUCUAUCAAUGGCUUAUGCCGGGGCAAUUUUUGCCGAUGCUUGCUUGAAGGGUCUAAACGGGGCUCCAGAUGUUGUUGAAUGCUCUUUUGUGCAAUCAAGUGUUACAGAAUUGCCUUUCUUUGCCUCUAAGGUAAGGCUAGGAAAGAAUGGCGUGGAGGAAGUUCUUGGAUUGGGACCUUUGUCGGACUACGAGAAGCAAGGCCUACAAAGUCUAAUACCUGAGCUUAAAGCCUCUAUAGAGAAGGGAAUAAAGUUUGCUAAAGAAAGUUAG